CUCCUCUGACGAGUAGCAAUGGGAUUAGCAAAAUAGUCCUGAGAUGCGGGUAUCUCCUUGGUUACCAGUGAAAACAUUCUUCGUUAACCCCCAACGUCGCUGAGUUAUUGUUACUCGUCCGUACAAGAUUUGAUAAUUACUAUGCUGUCUUACUGAAGAAUGUUAGUAUCAGUGGCUUGAAGCAGGGCUAAAAAAGUAACUUGUCUGAGCUAGCUAGCUCACUAGCGCUUAAAGCCCGACGACAUAAGCUGUUGGGAACACAGUGUAUUCGUUGUGUCGGAUCAGCCCAGCUCUUCCCCAAGAACUGCGGUUUUUCAAAUACCGUCCUUUGUCAGAUUAGUUUAUUCAGACAGCCUUUGUUGUGUAAUGAAUUAUAUUGAUCCUGAUAUGGAGAGACACAGCUUAAUUGUUAGCUGGUGAGCUAAACGCAACUGAGGCAGUCUCCAGCGGCUUCCCAGCAUUUCGCUGGCUAAAAAUACCACUUUUGAUUCCAUGCUCAGUGCACCUCCAAAAGUGGUGGGCUAGUCCACGUUGGAAUUGUCUUCGGCUUUUCUGGAAACCUUACUUAGAGUUUGGCACUCUACAUGGUCACUACAGUGAAUUUGAGACGACUGGAAGUCGGACCCCGAGGUUGUGAACCGAGCUGGCCUGAUCUGACAUUACAUCGUACCAGCUGCUGGACUUCAGAUCUCCAGGGGGACCACUCUCGGCUUUGGUUGAUCAGUGACCGAAUAUUGUUUUGCUGUAAUGGCAUCGUCUUGUCUCCAGCAGUAAUAUAACAAGCCUUGGUCUAACCCAGGGUUUUAAGACCGAAAGUUUGUGAAGGUUAGAGAAAAACAAUUUCUUUCUAUCGUCUGAAACUGGCGACAGACUUAAUCUGUCAGAGCACCAUGUCGGAGGACAUCAACGCAGACAAGUUCAUCAAGGAGACAUCCAUUCUAGAUGAAUACAACAUAAACUGGACACAGAAGCUGGGAGCUGGAAUAAGUGGACCUGUCAGAGUUUGUGUGAAGAAGUCAACUCAGGAACGCUUGGCCCUGAAAAUCCUCAUUGAUCGCCCCAAGGCCAGAAAUGAGGUGCGUCUCCAUAUGAUGUGUGCCAACCACCCAAACAUUGUGCAAAUCCUGGAGGUAUACGCCAAUAGUGUCCAGUUCCCUCAUGAGUCGAGUCCAAGAGCGAGGCUUCUGAUUGUUAUGGAGAUGAUGGAGGGGGGUGAGCUCUUCCACAGAAUCAGUCAGCACAGGCACUUUACUGAAAAAAUGGCCAGUCAGGUCACCAAACAGAUCAGUCAAGCAUUGGAGCAUUGUCACUCCCUAAAUAUUGCACAUCGUGACCUGAAGCCAGAGAACCUGCUCUUCAAGGAUAACUCUCUGGAUGCACCUGUGAAGUUGUGUGACUUUGGCUUUGCCAAAAUCGAUCAAGGAGACUUGAUGACUCCUCAGUUCACUCCUUAUUACGUAGCACCUCAGGUACUUGAGGCUCAAAAAAGACACCAGAAGGAAAAGUCUGGAAUCAUACCUACCUCACCAACUCCUUACACAUAUAACAAGAGCUGUGACUUGUGGUCUCUUGGUGUUAUUAUCUACAUAAUGCUGUGCGGCUACCCUCCGUUCUACUCCAAGCACCACAGUCGCACCAUCCCAAAGGACAUGAGAAAGAAGAUUAUGACGGGGAGCUUUGAUUUUCCUGAAGACGAAUGGAGCCAGAUCUCUGAGAUGGCCAAGGAUAUAGUACGCAAGCUGUUGAAGGUAAAGCCGGAGGAGAGGCUGACAAUUGAGGGAGUCUUGGCUCAUCCGUGGCUCAACUGCACCGAGGCCCUCGACAACGUGUUGCCAUCUGCACAGAUGAUGAUGGACAAGGCGGUAGUCGCAGGUAUCCAGCAGGCCCAUGCAGAGCAGCUUGCCAACAUGAGAAUUCAGGAUCUGAAUGUCAGCUUGAAGCCUCUAAACUCUGUCAACAAUCCUAUCCUCAGGAAGCGGAAACUACUAGGUCCCAAGCCCAGCGACGGUUUAUUCAUUCAUGAUCCAGAAAAUGGAGGGGACGACUCCAACUUAGCGCUGGAAAAAUUACGAGAUGUCAUUGCACAGUGUAUACUACCACAAGCCGGAGAAAAUGAAGAUGAGAAACUGAAUGAGGUGAUGCAUGAAGCCUGGAGGUUCAACAGAGACUGUAAGCUGCUGAGAGACGGCCUGCAGGGACUCAGCUGGGAUGGACGAGUCUUCUCUGAUAAAGUCGACCGCCUGAAGUUGGCUGAAAUAGUGAAACAGGCCAUUGAAGAGAAGACAAAUCUGCAAGAUUUUCAUUAGCAAAGCGCUGUCUUUCUAUCCUCUUUUUAUAUUGUUUAUUAUGACCCUUUUUAACCCAUACUGGUAAAAAAAAAAAAAGAAGCUUUUUUUAUGUCAAAUGAUGUGCUAAUUUUCUUUCUUUUUUCUUUUCAUAAAUUCACUUGCAAGACCUAUUGAUGUAUUGCAAGAGCUAUUGUGCAGCUGUAGAUAGAUUUCAGAAGACUCAUUGGUACUAUCAUUUUUUUUCUAAAAGGCAAUUACAAAGAAAAAAAAUAUAUUUUCAGUUUUGUAAAAAAAAACACAAAAAAAGGAAAAAAAAAGAGGAAAUCUGGGAAAAAAAUAAUUUUUGGGAGGGAAUUUUUAUUAGCUGCUCAUCUAAGAUGUUGUGUUUUAUCACAUCUCUUUCAUUUUAUUCUAUUUUAUUUUAACCAUCCUAAGAUUUUUUUUAAAUUUAUUUAAAGAACAGAAAAAAUUCCAUUAUUUUAUAUCUUUCUUGUAGCUUGAUAAUGGGCUCUAAAGUUUUAGAGAAGCUGUUUAUGAUGUGACUUUGUUCUUCCACAUACUUUGCCUAAAUAUAUCAUUGUGUGACUUUUUCCCUGCAUUUUAAUAUACAUGUCAAGGAGAAAUGGGGAUAGAGCUAAGAAAAGAAAUAAGUGUCAUUAAGAAGCAGAAAAAUGCAGCUUCGUCAUGCGACAACCCCUCAACUUAUCCCUAAGAUACAUUUACAGAAAAAAAGUUCUAAAACAAGCCGUCUUAAAAAUGACCUCCUAAAAACCUGAAAGCUUUCUGGAAGCUUUACCAGAAUCAUCUUUAUCCACCAAAGCCUUUAUUUCUCAGCCUCUAAAGAAAAUAUAAACAGGAAAUCAUAACCACCUGAGAUGUUAAACUUUUGCCUUUUUAUGCAAACAGUGAACUUAGUCUGUAUUUUCAUCAGUAUUAGAAAAAACAAACGUGGCUCAGGCUCCUUCAGCCUUGAAAGGUAAAAGCAUGCAACUCCACUCCAAAUCUGAAAAGGAGGUGUGCAUGUAUGUUGCAUUUGGCCUUACUGAGUUUAGUUAAACCCCUCAAAACAGAUUGUAAAAACAUGUUAUGGCUAGUUUGUUUUCUAAGCACAACUGGUAAAAAAAAAAAUAAAGUGCUUUUUUAUUUUAAUUCUGUCUUCUUUAGAAGAUGUGGUAAAAGCUUUUUUAAGGCCUUAAUUCUGUACCUGGCUAAUUAUAUGAAUCAGCGUAUUUCAUACAUUUGUUGUGUCGAUUUAAAUUUCACACACAAAAAGUGGGGAGGUCCUUAUUCUAGUGUUUCUUUAAAGUUAGCUGAGCUGUGAAACUGACGCAGUUUGAGCAGCACUGACGUAAAGUUGAAUGCUGGAGUUCGGACCUUCAAAGUUAAUGUUUUACUUUGCUUUCAGAGAGCAGGAGUGAAUAGAAAUGUUUCAUGUUUCACAGUUUUCACAACUUAAGGAUCAGUAAAAAAGGCCUGUUGGGAUUUCAGUGGCACAACUUGAUCUGCUCAAUCAUUGAAAAUGUCUUGAGAUUGCAUGUAUGUGUUAGUGAGGUCAUGUGUUUCCAGUAUUAUUGUCUAACAGACAUUCCCUCAGUGAUCUGGCUAAACGAACGUUCCCUUCCUACACCCGUCAGAUCUGCCUCAUUUAUCAUUAAUUGGCCAGAAUGAAAACAUCACCACACCUUUUACUUUAGUGUUGAAGGCAUAAGUGACUUUUCUAUAAAGAUGAGCUGAAAGAAGGGAUUCUGUUGAGUUGACCUAAUAGCUCUAAGAUGGCUAUAAAUACAUGUAUUUUUUAAUUUUAUUUUUAACUCCUUUGUUGUGAUUGUUUUCUGGCUCAAGUCUUGUGUAAUUAUCCAUCCAUGAAAACUUUUGUUUUUUUUCUUUUUCUGAAUAUCUGCAUUAACUGUGCGUGCUGAAGCAAAAUGAAAUUGAGUAGUUUGCAAACACUGAUGCAAAAAAAAUGUCAUUGCUGUCCUAUGACCUAAGUCUGGUUUUGCCAGCUUCAGAUGAAUCUAAGGGUUAUAUGUUCAUCUUUUUAUCUUGGGGCUGUUUAAAAAAAUGUAAAGUCAUUAUAUUGUUUGAGAGAGAGAAUAAAGGUCGAACAAUGUUAGCAUGUACAGACAUUUUGGAGAUGCAGGAUAGUUUGUACGCUAUUAUAUUCCACACCAUUUACAAUUAGUAUGAAGAAGUCUUCCUUAGGUAAAGCAAUUGCUAACAUAAUUCUGAGUCAUCAUUUUGGCUGUUUCGCAAUCUCCCUUCAAAGCUUAAUGACAACCACAGCCUGUUUUUUUUUUUAAGCCUUAUAGUUGACCUGACUAAGUUGUACGCUCCAAUGUGCCUUGUUGAAAGGGUGGCAUUUUCCAUCCUUUAUUGCUCUUAAUAGUAGAAAUGGAUCAGAAGAGAAGGAGAAGCUCAGUUUAUUAAGUGAAAAAUAUUUAGCUGUGAUUAGUUUACAUGUGAAGGCUUACAUGGGUCUUUUUUUUAUUUCCCCAAUUGAGAUUACAAAAGCAGUUAAACAUUUUGGGAUAUAUGAACUAUGUAGCUACAGCUAGCACUCAGUUUAGCGUUAGCAGUCUAGCUUUAAUCUUUUCUUUCACCCUCAUUUAAUUCAUAUCUAUUUCCGGAGAGCAUCAUCUCAGAAAGGUGUCAUAUUUAUUAGUACGUUUAUACUUUAAAGUGAAGGCAUGUAUCCUGAUAUAUUUCUAACUGUGGAACCCCCCCUCCCCUCCCCAUGGAAACAUGCAGUCCUGCUGAGAUAUUGGUUACCUGCUGUUUAGUGUUACUAACAGAAGGCAGGUGUUCUUGAGAAGCCUUCCUCUCUCCCCUGCAUGAGUUUGAGUUUCUGUUGCAAAUUUCCUCUCAAUAACAUCCUCUUCCUUAUCUCCCCACUGGAGAUGGAAUAUUUAUGAGGUGAGAUAUCUUUUAAACCAUGCUUUCCUUAGCUGGGUGCUUAUUUUGGAUAAACUGCAUCCCUUUUAAAUACCAGCCCAUAAAAGAAAAAUACACCAUCUUGUCAGUUGCUUCCAUUCCCUCUGACGUUGCUGCAGUCAUUGUAGAAGUAUUUAUGUUUCAAGAGAUGCUUUGAUUUCCAGGUUUGGCAUCAAAUCGAUGUUUCUACUAAAGUAGCUGUUCCUGUUUACCUAAAUGUCAGUAUGAAAUGAGGAAAGGAUAUCAUUUCAAAGCUCUGAGCCUUUUUUCCGCCCUCCCUCCGGUGUGCCAGUUAUGUAGCACGAAUCCCUCAAAGACUUGCUGUAUUUUCUGUCCAUACAUGUAUUUGUGCCCUUUCUGCCUUCUUGGAAUGUCAUCAACAUGCUGACUUUGUAAUAAAGAAAUUAUUUGAAUUUAAAUGCUUUUCCUAUCUUCUCUGGACGCCACAAUCACAUUACCCACAAGCCAAGAUUAGUUUGUCAUC